AUGGCGGAUGCUAGUCUAGAGAAGGGCCCCGAGGAGCCUUUGGAAGAGGUCCCCAACGCCGCACCGCCAAGUGUUCCUGACGGCGGCCUCCAAGCAUGGCUGACAGUCGCGGGCGCAUCUGUCGCUCUGUUUGUCUCAUUCGGCUGGGUCAACUGCAUUGGACUCUUCCAGGCUGAGUAUGAAACGAACCAGUUGAAGGACUUCUCGAGCUCGGAUGUAUCCUGGAUCACGUCUAUGGAAUUUUUCUUCAUGCUUUUCACUUCCCCCGUGGCGGGUAAGCUGUUCGACAGCUAUGGCCCCCGCGUGCCUAUUGCGAUCGGAUCGGUCUUGCAUGUCUUUGGGCUGAUGAUGGCCAGUCUCUCUUAUAAGUAUUAUCAGUUCAUGCUGAGCCAGUCUGUGGUGUCUGGGAUUGGUAGUUCGUUGAUCUUCACCCCGGCAAUGACUGCACCCCAGACCUGGUUCCGCCAGAAGCGGGGCCUUGUUGGGGGUUUGACAGUGGCAGGAUCAUCGUUGGGCGGCGUCAUUUUUCCGCUGAUGGUGCAGCAUCUGCUGCCACAGGUGGGCUUUGGCUGGACGAUGCGGAUCUGCGCCUUUUUAAUCCUGGGCCUGCUGGUUAUCGCCAAUCUCACCAUCUCGUCCAAUUUCCCACAUACACCACGUCCGUUUUCUGUGAUGCGCUAUCUCGGACCGCUGCAGGAGCUCAACUUCGGCAUCCUGUGUACGGCCAGUUUUUUCAUGUACUGGGGACUGUCCGUUCCCUUUGAUUAUAUCGUCGUCGAAGCCAUCCACUACGGCAUGUCGUCGCACAUGGCGUGGUCGUUAGUUCCGAUUCUCAAUGGCGCUAGUUUCUUCGGUCGUACCGUGCCCAACUACAUCGCGGAUAAGGUCGGUCGCUUCAAUGUGAUGCUCGUCAUGACCUCUUUAUCCGCUAUUCUGGUGUUGGCAUUGUGGCUUCCCUCCCGAGGAAAUGGCGCGCUCAUCACCUUUGCGGCCUUAUUUGGCAUCACUUCGGGUGCUAUUAUCGGCCUGGGACCCGUCCUAAUUGUCUCCAUCUCGCCAAUGAACGAGUUGGGUUAUCGGAUGGGUACUAUCUUGGCCUUUGCUGCGGUGGGAACCUUGACCAGUCCGCCUAUUGGAGGCGCGAUUGCCGCCGACACUGGGGGUAGUUACACCUAUACGUGUGUCUUUUCGGGCGUGAGCUUUGUUAUGGGUACCAUUGGUCUUGCUGCUCUACGUGUGCGUCUUUCUGGAUGGGGGCUUACUACGAAGAUUUAA